AUGCCACAUGAGAAGACACUAUCAAUCAGUCAUCUGGACCACGCGGUGCUGCGUGUGAUGUACAGCUCUGUGUCUGGAAUGAUCCUCUAUGAAAGAGGGAUCGAACAAGGCACCCUGAUCGAAUCGAUGGAUGUGGAUGUCACUCGUCGCUCCUUAGGAUGGCCGUGCAAGCCGUCUACACAGAAGACGCGUCUUCCUCAAUUGGCCAGGAAACGAGCUGAUAAGAAGAAAGGCACUUCAAUGUUGCGAGCACGGCUCCACAUAGUUGUUGAACUUCUUGCACUCCACGCGAUGGCCAUCAAACAACGGUCCAAGAGGAAGUGUUUGACUGACGGUACUCGUACCGCUAAGGUCGUCGCUCGUUCGAUUUCAUGCACUUUACCUGAGCUAGCAAGCCCGGAUGAUGUGGUCCCCCCGCUGUUCGACGCUGUCAUAGCGUUGGACACUUUUGCGAUGGUGAAUAUCGUCUCCUCUUGGAUCGCAACUAUCGUCCCCGAUACUGAAGGGCAGGUAGAAUUGAUGCUGUUAAUGUGGUCGUAUAUCUAUAUCAUUCUCAGCGGCAGCCCAAUUACUCUUCGGCUACAGAGCUAA